AACAGGAAGUGAGGUGGAGUGUGGGGUGGAAUCUGGUACCUCAGGGCUGCUGCAACCCAGACGCCUAACCAACCCACUGGGAGAAGAUGUCAGGGGGCCCAGGAGUUCUCGGAGUCCUGCCUCUCUUCCUUGUCUUCCUGUCCGAAGCCUGCCUAGGCCCUAGAUGCCAGGCCCUGAAGAUAGAGGUUCCACCAUCAGUGACAGUGAGCAUGGGUUCGGAGGCCCGCCUCCCCUGUGAACACGAUGGCAGCAAUCCUAAUGUCACAUGGUAUUAUGGUUUUCAGACCAACUCCAACAACAACUCCAAACCCUCAGUGUUACUGGGUCCUGGUCUGGGGCCCAGAGGUGAGCUGGUCAUCUCUAACGUAAACAAGAGCCAUAAGGGCAUAUACAGAUGCCUCGUGCAGGAAAAGAGUGUGCACCAGUUCUCCUGUGGUACCUACCUCCGUGUGCGUGAUCCAGUCCCUAGACCCUUCCUGGACAUGGGGGAAGGCACCAAGAACCGUAUCAUCACGGCUGAAGGGAUCAUCUUGCUAUUCUGUGCAGUGGUGCCAGGGACGCUGCUGCUAUUCAGGAAGCGAUGGCAGAACGAGAAGUUCGGGGUAGAUAUGCCAGAUGACUAUGAGGAUGAAAAUCUUUACGAGGGCCUGAAUCUUGAUGACUGCUCUAUGUAUGAGGACAUCUCCAGGGGACUCCAGGGCACCUACCAGGAUGUGGGCAGUCUCCACAUUGGAGAUGUCCAGCUGGAGAAGCCGUGACAGACAUGCCCCCUCCCCCGCACCGUCCCAUGCCCCAUCCUGCUGUGUCCCCUGUCCCUACCUGCCACAUGCCCAACGCCAGCCAGCAUCCCUGCCUCACAGCUCUUCCCCUGGAGUCCCCUUCUCCUGGUGUGCCACCCUGGCCUCUCUCCCCCCCUAAUUCUGUCCUUCCCCAAGUCUGUCCAGCUCCAGUGGGUAAUGAGCCCUUAAUUGCUGCCUCUAGGGGAGCUGAUUACAGCAGCCUCGUUAGUGUCACCCCCCCCUCCCAGAUCUGUCAUGGCCACUUACGUGCUAAUAAAUCCUUGCCAAAGCA